CUGACAAUACUUCUGGGAAUGCAAGGAGGCUACACUAAGCAUCCGUGCUAUUUCUGCGAAUGGGACAGUCGUGCCAAGGAUCCUUACAAGUGUAGCGUGUGGCCUCCGAGAAAGGGGUUUCAAAUUGGAAUUAAAAAUGUUCUCAAUAUCCCAUUAGUAAAACCUGAUAACAUUAUCUUGCCGCCAUUGCACCUAAAGUUGGGCUACAUGAAACAAUUUGUAAAACGACUCGACAAAAACAGCGAGUCAUUUCUGCACCUGGAAACAGUUUUUCCCAAACUAAGUGAUGCUAAAAUAAAAGAAGGCAUUUUCAUCGGACCCCAGAUUCGCAAGCUGAUGAUUGAUGAGAAUUUUGUCGAAAAACUGAACGAAGUAGAAAAGAGAGCAUGGCUGAGUUUUAUCUCUUUAUGUCAUAACUAUCUUGGAAAUGAAAGAAGUUCUAAUUAUAAGGAAGUGGUUCAAGAGUGUUUGGAAGCUUAUGGAGAAAUGGGAUGCAAAAUGUCAAUCAAGAUACAUUUUUUGCACUCUCACUUGGAUUUCUUCCCGGAUAAUCUGGGUCAGUUUAGCGACGAGCAAGGUGAACGAUUUCACCAGGAAAUCUCGGCAAUAGAAAAGCGCUUUGCUGGAAAAACCACGUUAAGAUGAUCGCUAAUUACUGCUGGUCGCUCAAACGUGAAACCGACGACCUGUAUUAUAAGCGCAAAAGAUCCAGGAAACAUUUUUAAUUCGAAUUGGUUGAGGUAUGUAGUUAGCGAGCAUCUUAAAGUGGUUUAUUUUUUGUAUCUUGAUUGACAUUUUGCAUCCCAUUUCUACAUAAGCUUCCAAAAGUAAUUACCUAACAUCUUAACCAUUGUUAAACAUUUCCCAUUGUUUUGUAUAAAGUGUUCUAAUGAGUGCAAAAUUUAUGAAAAAUAUAUAUGUUAUCAAUCUAACUAUCGCUAAAAACGACUGUUUGCUAUCUAAAGGUUCACUUGCGCAGCCAAAUUUAUAUUUUUGACUUAGAGUUAACAUUAAAUGAAGGCUGAAACUCGUACGGUUUAGACAACUUUUCAAAUUAACAUUGAGUUAAAAAGAUAACUGGCUGUCGUGCAAUGAUUUUUUCAUGUAAAAUGCUAAAAAUGGGGGUUUUUGUGAAAUUUUUGUAUGGGGAACCCCACAGGUGGGGUCUUAGGGGGGGGUUCCACUGGCAUGGGUGGGUCGGCCCUACAAAGUUAGUGGGG